UUUAUUGUAAAUGUGAAUGACAGAUUGCUCAUCGGUUUCCUCGGGCAUUUUUUUUCCCAGGUGCAACAGCUGGAGAAAGCGCUGAACAGAAAUCCAGAGAUAAAAAUGAGUAUUCUGCUGGAUUGUCUCAGGGGUACACGCGGUGGCGAUCAGGGCAGUUCUGCUUCGAUUUUGAAAAGGCUUGUUCCUCGUGCAUCUGUUUAUCUCUUUCACACUCCCUACUUGCGUGGUUUGGGGAGAUUGCUGUUGCCUGAACGGGUGAACGAAGUGAUUGGCCUGCAGCAUAUGAAACUUCUUAUUUUCGACAAUCAUGUUAUCAUUACCGGGUAA